AUGCUCGACCAAAUCAAUUCACUGGUGUACCGAGUUUCUACCGACGAUUUUUAUCAGGACUUAUUGAACAAUCCGUUACUGUCCAGCCGGAUGGAUAGAUCGAAUUUGCCACUAAACCACCCGUGUUAUGACAAUAUACAAAAGAAAGUGCCGGGUUUGUUUAAAAAUGAGACGGCAGGUCGAACGAUGACCGAGUUCAUUGCGCUUCGUGCUAAAUCGUACGCGUAUAAAAUUGAGGGUGUUGAAACACUCAAAGCCAAUGGUAUUCGAGGUCACGUUGUGCGUAAUCACCUCACGUUUUAUGACCAUAAGCACUGUCUGUUCGAGAACGACGACGAAGACAUUGUUGCUACAUUUCACGAAGAGGUCUGUGACGAUAAUUUAAAUUGUGAAGGUGAUGAGCUGAAGUGUCUUGCGCGUCGAAACGCUAAAGCUGUAAUCGAUACUCUACAUCGAAAUGCCGCUUCCACUAGCACUAUCAGUACUACUACCAGCUUGCCGCCCCCAGAUAAUUUACCAAACACGCCGUAUAGGCUAAACAUAAAUUAUGGUAAUAUUAAAAUUAUAGAAAAGAGUUCAUGUCUAAAGCUAAAAACGAUGUUACCUACUUAGACCAUAGGUUCCUAACCUAACCGGCGGUCCGUAGAUGGUUACUCGGGGGUUCACCCAGAAAUAAAUUUGUUUCGAUAGCGUUUUUAAGAUUACAAUAAUAAUGUAUUGUCCGCAUUUAUUUAAUUAUAUAUUUUUAUUUGAUGGGGGUUCCUGAUUAACCUAA